GUAUCUGGGUGAAGCGGUAGGAAGCGAGCUUCAGCACGACGUGCUUGUAGCCAUCAUGGGCCUCGUCCACGGCGUGGAGACCGAAGUCCAAGACAUCGGUGUGGCCUCCGAUCCACCACCGCCCUGGCUGCGGGAGGAGAAAGAUAAAGCCGCCGAGGUAAAGGAGUCCCUCACGACCGAUCGGCUCAACUGGGAAGCAUUUCUGGAUGCUCUGGGCCUGAAACCGCUGUCGCCAUGCACAUCGCACCGCAAGGUGGCUGGCACCCUCCUGACCAUUGACCUCGGCUGGCGCUUGUCGAGUUCAGUGUGGUGGAAGGCUGCCACGGCAUCCAAGCAAGCCCUGGAAUACGUGGAACGGCGCCUCAACGAUGCCGACCGCGUGGAGAUUACUUGGCUCAAGCAACUUCGGACCCCCGAGCGCGUGGAGGUCUCG